UUUAAAUUUGUUUUUCCUUUUAUCCACUUUAAAUUAUAGUGUGCAUUUAUUGUAAUGUGUAAAAUGAGGAAAACACUACUAAUAUUAGUAUGAUAGUAUUUCCAAAGCCUUUUGAAAAAGUAUACUUAAACGACUUGACAUUGAAUACUGUAAUACUGCAGACACUGUGAGGCACUGGCAGCUGGUGUGGACACUGUGUGAGGCUCUGUGGGGACGGCUGGGAGAGACAGAUCUUGACUCUGAGAGGGAAACUGAAUAUAUACAGCAGCUGGAACGGCGGAAGUCUUUCUCCAGCUGGCUAUCUCGGAGUGCAGCUCACAGAAUAGAAGAAGAGGUGGGCCUUUCCCAGCACAAGAGUCAUGUGGAUGCCAUCUUCAGCUACUUGACUGGACACCGCAUUAGUGAGGCCUGCAGGCUGGCACAAAAAUAUGAUGAUCACAGACUGUCCUUGCUGCUGUCUCAGGCGGCUGGAAGCCAGUAUAGCCGAGAAUUGCUUGCCGUUCAGCUGAUUGACUGGAACAAAAUGGAGAUUGAUUCCUUUGUACAGGAGGAGAGACUGUGCAUUUUUGCCCUAUUGGCUGGGAAACCUGUGUGGCAGUCCUCAGAUAGCUGUAUUAAUGUUUGCUCAGAGCUUGACUGGAAACGCUGUCUCGCUGUCCACCUUUGGUACAUGCUGCCCCCCACCGCAUCCAUUGCAAAUGCUCUUUGCAAAUACGAAGAAGCUUUCCAGGGCACAUCUGAUCAUGAGAGGUAUGCCUGUGCACCACUGCCCCCUUAUCUAGACGACUCUGGUCUUGGUCUGCUGGAGGAUGAAGAGUUUGAAGAGAUGGGAGAAUCUAAGAGGCCACUCUAUGACAUCUGCUUUCAUCUGUUGAAGCUUUACAGUGACAGGCGUUACAGUCUCCAGCAGCUUCUCGACCCCUGUACCGUGACUGCUGACCGACUGGACUACCGGCUGAGCUGGCACCUGUGGAAUGUGCUGCAGGCACUGAACUACUCCCACCUGUCAGAGCAGUGCCAGGGCCUAUUACAUGCCAGCUAUGCUGCACAGCUGGAGAGUGCAGGGCUGUGGGAGAUGGCCAUCUUUGUCCUGCUCCACAUACCUGACACCAGUCGACGUGAGAGAGCUGUGCGCGAAAUGCUGAAUCUUCACUGCUCCCUGGAAGAGACUGAAGACUCUGCUGAAAAGGAACAGUUCCUUACAGAGAGGUUGCAUGUGCCGGUGCAAUGGAUUCACGAGGCCAAGGCUAUCCGUGCUUGCCGGGAAGGAGACAAACACAGAGAGGCGCUGCAUCUCUACAGAGCUGGACGUUGGAACCGGUGUCACAGACUAAUCAUCCAGCACCUAGCCUCAGAUGCAAUUAUUAAUGAGAAUCACACUUACCUGCUGGAGUUCCUUGAGGGUCUAGCGAAGCCUGAACGCUUUAUGCUCAUCCAGGACUGGGACACUUCUGGCAGGGUUUUCCUUGAUUACAUCCACGUCAUAAGGACCUUGCAAGCCAUACAGCAGCUGGAGGGUCCUGGAUAUGAACUGGAGAGGCUCCACACUGAAGUGACAUCACUUUGCAGCAGGAUAGAGCUUAUUCAGUGUCCUACAGCCAAAGACAGACUGGCUCAAUCAGAAAUGGCAAAGCGAGUGGCAAACAUUCUUCGAGUGGUGCUGAGCCUGCAGCAGGGAGGGGAGAGUGCUGAUCUCCUGCACAUCCCUCUUCGCCAUCUGGCUCCACACAUUGGCCGCCUUCCCAUGCCUGAGGAUUAUGCCCUGGAGGAGCUGCGUGGUCUCACCCAGUCCUACUUGCGCGAGCUUAUUGUCAGUCAAUGAGGAUCCAGCCUUAAGUAAAGGAGGAAGGCACCUCGUGGAGUGACAUUGCAAAUGAGUAGUCCAACCCUGGGACACUGGGAGUUUGUGGAGAGAGCAAGUCAAGUUCUUGAUUUUCAACUGGUUGCUGCAGUUGUUCAUGGAUAAGACAUUCCUGUGUUACAAAUUGAAACUUCUCAAUUGGUCUUAAAAUUGAGAAGUCUAAAAGUGUUUAAUAAUUAAACUACACUUUGCAGGAGCUAGAUAAAGAAAUGUGAUAACUUAUUUACCCUGUUUCAAGGGAAUUUAAUUAUAAAUGGGUUUCUGCGCAAAGAAAUAACAUUGUGCAACUUAAUGCAUUUAUUUACAGGAAUGUUUUAACGUGAAUAUCAUUGAACAAAAGUUUCAUCACUGGUAUCUUCAUCUGUUAAACAUUUACAUUUCUCUCCAAUCGAACAUUUUAAUAAGUUACGUUAGUUGAUCCUAUACCCUUUUUGAAUAUGCAAUUUGUCUUAUUUUUUGGAGGUGGGAGGGGACAUAUUUAGUAUCCCAGGGUUGGUAAACCUGAAGAUAAUUGACUGCAAAGAGCAAGUCAGCAUACUCAGCACAGGAGCAUAUUUUAAUUUCUCAAAGUUAAGCAUAGGGUGUAUGUAUACAGUUUAUUUUCCGAUUGUCCUGAAUUGCUUUUCUACACUGGGAGCGUCUAAACUUGUGAACUGAGCAGUAUGUUCCAGGAGAUGAACAAGGUAAAUGAACUCUCAUUAAUCUUGUUGGACAGUGUUUUUUUUGUUUUCUGGUAAUUUGCCCAGCAGGAUUGUGUAAUUGUAAUGACUGAAGAUAAGUUUGUUUUUGAAUGCCACCACAUAUUGCAAGAACAUGAAUACAUUUGUGUAUUGGACAAAACUUUACUUGCUUUGGUAAUAGUGGAGAUCUUUUAGAACAUGAAAAGGCUUUCUUCUAAAUUAAGCUGUUCUUGAAAUGCUAUGAGGCUUAAGUUUUCUUUUGAAUGAUCAUUGAUUUAUCCAUUGAUAAUCAUUCAUGAAAACCAAACCGGUACCACAAAAACUGAUGUUUUUCUACAACUUACCCCAAAUUUGAAAGUGUGUUUUGAAACGGGAAUAAAUGUGGAUUUUCUGAUCAUUUGUGGACAACAUUUUCCCAUUACUGCAUAUUUCACGUGUGUGAUCCACAGAAAAUAUUUUCAUUCCUUGAGUAAGAAUUGGGUUUUAAUGUUCUCAGCUUUCAACUUUUUGGAAGUUUAGCUGGCACUUAUUGUAGCUGCUUUGAUAGUGUACAGGUGUCACCCAGCAACACCACUUGUGGAGAAGCAUCCCUUAAAAUACAUAAGAACUGAGGUUAGUUUCCAGUAGAAAUAAGCUUUCCAUGUUUUGGUUUAUUACCUAAUGCCUUUAGAAACUAAUAAAAAUGACCAUUAAUAAUUAUAGAAAACGUUCUGUUUCUCCCCUGUUAUUUAGUCCUAGUGUGUAAGAAAUGUUUUGUUUUCUUUUCAGUUCAAGGUAUAUUAAAGUCUGUCCUUCCAAAAAUCUAAUUAUUGACCUACUGUCUUGCUGAAGUGCAUAAAAAGGCUUUGACAGCACUGGUGUAAGAAACCAGUAGAAAUCUAUCAUACACACUGGUAAGGUAUAGGUAAUGCUGUACAUUUUAAAAUUGUGUCCAGGUAAUUCUUAUUUGACAAUUUGUCAGUACUUUAGAAUUUAAGUUUAGUAUUUUCCUGACUUUUUAAAAUCCCUAUUUGUCUGAGGUGGUCCUUGGUUUGAAUGCUUGGUUUGAAUGCCAAAAGGCAUGGCUAGACACUUCCUACUGUACAUACUGUAUUAAUAUUGCUCUUUUCUGUGGCUAGAGGAAGGAUGCCCUCUAGUGUCUGUGCCUUCUAGGAGGAAGAUCUGGUCUGUCUUUCUGUGGGCUUUGGACUCUGCAAGCAUGUGUGUUAGUGAUUUGUUUUUAUGAAAUAAAUUAAUCUAUUUUUUGUCUUCAGAAUUGUGUCCAUUGCCAGUGUUGUAUUUUAAAUUUAGAAUAAAACUUUAAAAAAAUCA